AUGACUGCUGCACUUUAUUGUGGGGUCACAAAGCCCACUAUUGGCGAGCAAUGCCUGCGCCCUGUGGUCGACGAACUGAACGGCCUGAUACGGGAUGGUAAUCUUCUCCGCGGAAAGCAUAUCACCGUAAAGAUUCGUGUCAUUGCCGCCUACACUCCUGCCAGGGCGUUCCUCAAAGGCGUUUCUGGACACACCGGAUACUGGAGCUGCCAAAAAUGCACAGUCAAGGGCGAAUAUUACCAGCAAAGGAGAACGAUGGUGUUUCCUUUUGGCCAUGAACCGAAACGCACGGAUGCCGGCUUCCGGAUUAAUGAGCCACCGGGACACCGCAAAAACGCAACGCCGCUAACCGAGCUCGCCGAUUUCGACAUCGUGGAAGACACGGCCCAGCCCUGCGAAGUGCAUCGCAAGCCACGGCAAAUAAAGUAUGCGGGCUUCUGGAAGGGAUCGGAAUAUGCCUUCUUCUUUCACUACAGUUCCUUCAUAGUGUUGGAACGGCAUAUUUCCCCUGCAGAGUACCAACACUUUAUGUUGCUGUUUUGUGCCACGACAUUGCUCUCUGCCAAAGCGCACAGAGCAAAGUGGCCACUUGCGGAACAAAUGAUGGAGCAAUUCGUGAAGGAUUACGAAACGGUAUAUGGGGUUGGUUAUAUGACCAGUAAUGUCCACAAUUUGUUGCAUGUGCACGAUGAAGUGGUUCGUUUCGGGUCAUUAUCUGCCAUUUCGACAUACCGGUUCGAAAACGAACUCCAGCAUUUGAAGCGUUUGCUUCGCAGCGGUUGGAAAAACCUGGAGCAGGCGGUCAAUCGGAUCUCGGAGUUUGAAAACUUCGGCAUGCCAAAGCCACCGGAGCAAACCAUCACCUAUCCCUCGCAGGUGUCCAAGUUCAACACCAAAGUGUUUGUGCGUCCGCGACUCACUUUGCAGACAGGCUGGGGAAAUGCAUGGUUUCUGACUGCGGACGGCAGCAUCGGCAAGCUGCAGUCUGCCGCGGACGGCACGGAUGCUGAUGUAGGGAAAGUGCUCGUGAGGGGACAUAGACUAUGCCGGAAAAUGCCAGCAUUUGACACGCCUAUGGACUCGAAUGAUAUGCUCAUCUACAGAGGAUGCAUCCGUGACCUGUCGACCGGUGCUGACCUGCAGUGUUCGACGGACGAGCUCGUAUGUAAGUUGGUGGUAACCGCGAGCAGGAGUAGGCAAGACUUGACGUUGGUACCACUGCUACACACGUUUCGGGACGACUGA